GGUUCAUAAAGGUCAGGGGGAUAAGUAUUGGGAGGGGCAGACACCUAUAUGUAAUACACUUCCCCCAAUAUCUAAAGCUAUUAGACAAGAAGUUGUUGUUAGCAAGAGAACUCAUUCCCUACGGCAGCAGCAUGGCGUUUGAGCCCUGGAAAGACUACCUCCAGCUGGGGGCGCUAGUGCAGACAAUGGCACGAGAGAGGAGAAUACACGGACAGCAACAAGUGUCUCUGUUUAACACUGCGGGGGAAGAGAGUGCCAGCCUGCCAGCCAUGGAGGUGCCAAAUCAGAGUGGAAAUGCCACCGCACAGCUUCUCUUAGCCAGAAAGCCCACUGAUGUUCCUAGGCUUUACUGUCCACAGGAGGAGGCCACCAGUUUCUUCAUCCAGAAGAUGGACAAUAAAAAGGGGAAUUGCAGCCCUAAACCAACUGCAACUACAAACUGCUUUAAGGUUCCUGCAAGUGAUAUUCAGGUUGAGGAGGACAAAACCUUCCAGAUCCUCCUUGAACCCAAACUGGAUGGAAACUUUAACAAUCGUCCUGCUCAUGAGACUCAAGCUGUAAAGGACACCUGCCUCCAAGUCCAGCAAAGGGCAAAUAAGAUUGAGACUGGUACCCCUGAGCCACCUUCACCCAGCACCCGUUGUGCUGCUAAUGCCAAUCCACAUGGAGAGGGCAGCAAUGCAGGUGACAAGCUGAACAACCCAGACACGCAGAGCAGCGUUAAAGAACAAGGUGCAACUGGGAAGUUCUGCAUCUUCUGCAAACACAACGGGGAGUCCAGCAGAGUGUUCACCUCCCACACUUUGAGGAAUGCCAAUGGCUCAGUCAUCUGCCCCGUCCUGUACAACAAGAGCAGGCGCAAUUCUUCUGCCCAGGCGCUAAUUUAAAGGACACAGUAAAAGAUACCGUUAUACCCCGUGUUCUUCAGCUGCAGAUGAACCAGUUAUAGUGUUUGUUGGUUGGGAGAGUUCUCUUAUGGUGGGACAUUGUGGACAGUGGGUGCUGGUGGUGCAACUAAUAUCUGACCUAAUACUCUGUAUUUCACCCCUCCGCCGCCAUGAGAACUAGAGACGUGGCACAGU